CUGUUCUAUGUUUUUGUUUUAAUUUUGUUUAACAAUCAAGAUAAUUUAGAGCUACAAUAUUUUAGUUUUAAUGAUGAUUCGAUUUAUUCUUAACUCAGAAGAGAGAUGCAUUUUAUCAAUGAAGAUCGGUUAUGGAAAAUACUGAUUUGCUGGAUCAAGUUCGUAAAUUUAAACUGAAAGGUUUAAAACGAGUAUCAACCACUGUAACUAGUGAAAAUGGUGUUCGAUACACUGAAACUUUGAAAGAUGAUGGCUGCUAUGAAACAUUGCCUGAAUUUUCCUUGAAUCCUGGUUUUGUAAUUGAUAACAGCUUGGAUAUUACAGUUUCCUUAGUUUUAGAAGGAUUAAUACUUGGUUCCCAAGAUGUCGCUAUGGAGCUCAAAAUUUUGGAAGACUUCAAUGUGACUCAUGUUUUGAACAUAGGUUAUAAAAUUCCAAACUAUUAUGAAUCUAAGUUUAUUUAUAAAAACGUUGAUAUUUUGGAUGAGCCAAAAUCAAAUAUUAGAACAUUCUUUGAUGGUUGCUUUGAAUUCAUUGAUGAUGGUAGACACGAAGGAUGUGUUCUUGUUCACUGCAAUGCUGGGGUCUCUAGAGCACCGACUAUAGUCAUUGCCUAUUUAAUGAAGACAAAUCAUAUGGCAUUAAAAGAAGCAUUCAAUUUUGUUAAAAGUAUACGGCCAUAUAUAAGACCUAAUGAUGGAUUUAUGAGAGUACUUGAAGAUUAUGAAAAAGAAAUUUUUGCAUAGUCUGUAGCUUAGUGCCAGAACAACCAAUGUUUAAGUUUUGAAAAAGGAUUUUAACUUUUAUCUGUUAGGAUAAUCGAAGUUAAACUUUACUAAAUUGUACUGUUAGUUCCUUUCAUGUGACUAUAUAUUAUAUACAUAUAAGAACAUUUGGUGUGUCAAAAACAUAUAACUAUGCACAAAUAACAAUAUUUUCCUCAAGAAAUUUAAAACUUUAGUUUUGGACAUUUUAAAAAUAUGGCAUUGGUUAUUCUUGCAUUAAGCAACAUUUUUAUACAGUUUUAUACUUUAAUUUGUUGUGCUUAAUUUGUAUAUUUUUCAAAGUAGACGGUUUUUUUUAUCGUGUAAAUACAUUAUUUAUUGAUUUCAGCUAAGGUUUUGUAUAGCUAUUGAUACUUUUUAUGUAGUUUUUAUAUAUAUUUUUUACUUCAAAUAAUUUUAUUUGUAUCAUAUGUUUGUUAUAUUUGCUAUGCAUAUUUUAACCUAUUUAUAUAUUGUUCUUGAGAGGAAUUUAAGAUCAAUGCAUUUUGUUAAGUUUUAUUUUCAUCUAUACAAAUAAAAAAGAUUUUAAUAAUAAAAUAUGUCCGUAUUUCUACAUAAAAAAGUUUUUAGUAAAAUUGCAAUUAUUAACUUGUUAAGAAAUAAUUUUAUUACUUUGCAUGCUUGAACUACCAUUAUGAUUGUGAACUUUUCUAGAAAAACUGUGAUUGACUGAUAGUUAAAGAUGUGUUAUAGAUUUAAAAAGCAAGAGUGAAUACUAAAAACUGGAAUUCAUAAAUGUUAUAUAACACGAGUUAUAAGGCAUAAUUUUAGGUAGAGUAGAAAAACGUAAAUAGCCAUGCCUCUGGUCUUCAAAUUGUGGAAGCUUUAACUUCCACGACUCCCUUGGCCAACAGCUGGCUGCUGUGACAGAAGAUUACAUGGUUAAGAAAAACAAAUGCUUGUUGUAAUAGAAUAUUACAAUGUUUGUAUGAUGCUUAAGUUAAAAGUAAUCCUUUAAAUUAAAAGGCAAUACAAGCAUCCAAAGUAUAGGUUAUUUAUAAAAAAUAUUUAAAACUGAAAUGUUAUAUGUAUAUAUUUAACAUUAAAAAUACUUAAACUGUGAAGAGAACAAAAAUAGUUUGAAAGCAAUGGAGAAAUAAUGGUUAUGCAUUGUAUUACUGUUUCAUAUUUCUUUAAUUAACUUCCACGUUUGAUUUAACUUUGAAAAUGCUGUUUCAUACUCACUCACAUUGCCUAUUUUUAGCGAGAAUAUCUUUUACAAAAUUUUUAUUGAAACAUUUUAUUUAUUGUCAGCAUUUUAUGGUUGAAAGUAUUUAUAUUUUAUUACGAAACCAUAUUUAUUAUUAAACUGUUAUCAGUUCAAAAUGUUAUUUAUAUAACAAUGAAAAGUUUCAUUUAUACGUAUUGAAAUAUAGCCAAAAUGGUGCCCUCUUUUUACUAUUUAAGUUCACAAAUUUUUUAUAUUAUCAUCUUUACUUUUUUUAGCUAGGUUACUUGUUAAAAUUUAUUUAUUUUACAGGAGGAAUAAUAUUUUCCUGGAAAACUUUGUUGUAAAAUACUACUCAAUAGGUAUAAGUUAACUUAAUUAUAUUGCCUUUGUUUCUAAUAGCAAUUUAUAAAAUUUUAUUUUUACCCAGAUUUUAUUAACUUGCUCUUAUUUCCACAUUCGUUAAAUGUUUUUUUAUGUGUUGCCUUUUUGAUUUUCAGGAGUGUACUUCAUUUACUUUUACAACUUUGUAUACAUUGUUUUAUUUUUCUGUUAAAAUUUGUUUUUAAGUGUUUUUCCUUUGUAUAGCUUAAAAUUUUAUGUGAUUGUUUUCGUGCUGUUGUUGAUUUUUUAACUUCAAUGCAAUGGAACUUCAUUAGUUGCAUUGGCAUGCGCAAACUGCAUAGCUUUGCCAUAAUACUGUUCUGAUUUACUCUGUGUUUUCAGUGUAAAAAUGUUCAGUAUCACCCAUAACUUUUAAAUGAAUUUUUUUAAAAAACUUUAGCAUUGUUAUGUAAUGUUAGUCAGAAUAUAAAAACAUUUUUAACUGCCAUUUUGUUUUUUACAUAUUGAAAAUGAAUUUUAUGCUUAGCAUUGAAUUAUCUAACCAAUGUGUCUCAAGAUUUCUUCUUCGCAUGCUUUCUUAAAUAAAGUGAAUAUUCUAAUUUGUAUGAGAUAUCUCAUUAUGCAAUUAAAAUUCUAAAAUGCC